AUGGAAGAGACUGCAAAGAAACCAACUAGUACCGCAGUAAGUGCGAGGUCGUCACAUAAUGGUGGCGGUGAAGAUUUGGCGCACCUUUUCAAUGCGCCAGAGAUCAAGAAGGUGCUAAAUUCCGAUGUGGCAAUUAAUGCUUUGUUGAGUCGUUUGAAGCAGUCGUUGUUGACUUGCGAAGAGUUUAUGAAAUUUAUUAGAAAGAAAUACGUUUUUGAAGAAGAACACGUCCAGGAGCUUUCCAAGCAAUACAAGCAUUUUUUUAACGUCGACGGUUCCACAUAUUCAUCCUUAAAAAAGAUGAUUCACGAAGUGUUGGGGUUCGAUGGCAAGAUGGCCCAGGUGAAGCAGAGUUAUAUCACUGCCUUACAGAAAAUGUAUUCAGAGAUUAGUAGUCUUUUAUUGACGAUGACGAAACUAAGAAAGUCUGUCAAGGAGAACAGCAAAAGACUAGAAAAGGAUGUUUCCGAUGCUAUACAUAGCGCAGAAAAGGCGCAGUCUCGCUACAAUUCGUUAUGUCAAGAUUGGGACAAAUUAAGAAUGACCGAUCCAACAAAAACAAGACUGACCUUGAGAGGGUCUAAAACUACGAAAGAACAAGAAGAAGAAUUGUUAAGAAAAAUCGAUAAUGCCGAUCUUGAAUAUAAGCAAAAGGUAGAUCAUUCUAAUUCUUUAAGAAACACGUUUAUAACGAAGGAGAGGCCUAGAAUUGUUCAAGAAUUGAAAGAUUUGAUCCUAGAAGUAGACACAGCGAUGACUAUCCAAUUGCAGAAAUACACGAUAUGGACAGAAAAUUUAAUCUUAAAUACAGGCGUUACAAUAAGCCCAUUAGACUCCACUAAAUCGAUGAAGUCAUUUGCUGGCUCUGUUUCCAACGAACGUGAUCUUUACGGGUUUCUGAACAAAUAUAAUCAAACGGGAAAACAUUCCCUAUUGAUUAACAAAAACUUGAUCCCGGUAUCAUAUAAAAAGCAUCCAUCAAUGAACCAUGGCCAGAAAAAUAAGAGUCCUCCAAAAUUUGCCGUGGAUCCCUCAAGAAACUCCAUCCCGAAAAGAAUGAUCUCUACCCAUAAUGAAUCUCCAUUUUUGAGCAGUAGUAAUAACGCCGCGGCUGUUCCGGGUGCCAAUUCUAACAGUGCUACACCGUCAUUAAAUACCAACAAACAACUACCACCCACUAUGGGUUCAUCUAUCUCUUCUACCAACACCGCGGCUGGCGCUAUGUCGCCGUCCUCUUCCAUUGUAACAAGUGACACCACAUCAUCUAUAACAAAGACUUUGGAUCCUGGUAACAACAGUCCGCAAAUCCCAGAAGAACUGAUUAACUCUUUGGAUUCGGACCGCCCGAUUUCUCACAUUCAAACGAACAACAAUAUGCCACCCGGUGUUCAGAAAAAUUUCAAGACAUUUGGUGUACCGCUAGAAUCAUUGAUAGAAUUCGAACAAGACAUGGUCCCUGCGAUAGUGCGCCAGUGCAUAUACGUCAUUGAUAAAUUUGGUCUUGAUCAAGAAGGGAUCUAUAGAAAGUCGGCAAAUGUACUUGAUGUCAGCAAGUUGAAGGAGGAGAUUGAUAAGGAUCCUGCAAACAUUUCCAUGAUUGUACCAUCAAAGCCACAUUCUGACUCGGAUAUUUAUUUAGUAGGAUCACUACUGAAAACUUUUUUUGCAUCGCUGCCUGAUAGCGUAUUACCGAAGGCUCUAUCUUCGGAGAUCAAGGUUUGUCUGCAAAUAGAAGAUCCGACAACAAGAAAAAAUUUUAUGCAUGGGCUAAUUUAUAAUCUACCCGAUGCACAAUACUGGACGUUAAGGGCCCUUGUUUUCCAUCUGAAAAGGGUGUUGGCACAUGAAGCCCAAAAUAGAAUGAAUUUAAGGGCUCUUUGUAUAAUUUGGGGACCUACUAUUGCGCCUGCAAAUCCAGAUGAUGCAAAUGAUGUAAAUUUUCAAAUUAUGGCAAUGGAAGUAUUAUUGGAGGUCUCGGACCAAGCUUUCGAACCCGAAUAA